GAAGGCGAUGACAAAUAUGCGAAUGUGAAAUGGGAAGAGCUCGGAUUCUCUCUGAUUCCGACAGAUUGCAUGUAUGUGGCGAAGUGCAGACAAGGAGAGAGUUUCACAGAAGGGAAGAUUGUUCCUUAUGGUGACAUUUCAAUCAGCCCUUGUUCUCCUAUUCUCAACUAUGGCCAGGGACUAUUUGAAGGUCUGAAAGCUUACAGGACAGAAGACGACCGGAUUUUGAUUUUCCGACCUCACGAAAACGCUCUCCGCAUGCAAGAUGGUGCAGAAAGGCUUUGUAUGGCAUCACCUUCUGUGGAAUUUUUCGUCGAAGCAGUUAAGCAAACUGUGAUUGCCAACAAGAAAUGGGUUCCUCCUCCGGGUAAAGGAGCUUUGUAUAUAAGACCUCUGCUAAUAGGGAGUGGCGCUAACCUCGGAGUAGCUCCAGCACCUGAGUACCCGUUCCUCAUUUACGCAUCUCCCGUAGGAGAUUACCACAAGGGAAGCACAGGUCUGAACCUAAAAGUUGAUCAUAAGCAUCACAGAGCUCAUUCUGGUGGGACGGGUGGUGUCCAGAGUUGCACAAACUAUUCUCAUGUAAGUUAAAAGAGACACCAAAGAUAAUACUAUUAUACAUCACAGUGAUGUAUUGGUCCAUAACCACCUUCUCAACAACGGGUUAUGGUGAUA